AUGGAUCGUCCUCUUCACCGUCAGAUAAGGAUUGUGCUGCUGGGGAGCAGGUUUAGUGGAAAGAAUGCAGUAGGGAACACCAUCCUGGCCAGAUUAAAAUGGAGCUAUUCCUUACUGAAGAGAACUAUACUGUGUGUGAAGAAACAAGGGAAAGUAGAAGAGUGGAAGGUCACUGUAGUUGAUACGCCAGGCUGGUGGAAUCCCUGUCCUGAAGAAAACACUUCUGUGCUGGUUAAAAAGCAGAUAAACGCGAGUGCAUCUUUGUGUCCUCCAGGACCCCAUGCAAUCCUCCUGGUCAUAAAGGCAUUCCACUCAUUUACAGAGGAACGUAGAAGAGCAGUGGAGGAUCACAUUGAGCUUCUCAGUGAUAACGUCUGGAGUCACACUAUAGUGCUGUUCAUCAAUGGAGAAUGUCUGGGAAAGGCAGGCAUCGAGGAGUACUUGAGUGAAGGGGAGGCCCUCCAGUGACUGGUUGAGAAAUGUGGGAACAGGUAUCACGUCUUCAACUUUCAACGGGUCCCAGAGCUUCUGUGGAAAAUAGACAACAUGGUGGCAGACAAAGAUGGUAAACAUUUUGAAAUGUGUAGAGUAGUUGUAAAGAAGACAGAAUGGAAAAGGCUGUAAAACAGGCUGCAAAACAGAGACUGAAAAAGGUGAAGGAAGAGAGAAAAAUCCUCAGGUCAUUGAAAGGUCUCGAAUUAAAGUCUCAAAUUAAAAUCGAUGCACUGUGGUAGGCAUAAUAAAUAACAGAAACGUUUAUCUAGGGGAGUGUUUGUGUAUCAACCAAUCUCAAUAACAAGAGGGGCCACUCCACAUCUAAAAUGUGCAAAUAAGCAGUAUGUGUGUAGUUUGUUACUUUCGUGUUUGUUUAUCAGUUGCCAUUUAAGUUCUUCACGCAUUGAAAGUGCUAAUUCGAAAACAUUUCGGUAAUUUCUUGAAAACACUGUCAGUGAGGUGAGUUAUAUAAAUGGAGCAAAAAUAAAAGACUGACAUGGUAUAUUUUUUGUUAUUGUUGCAAUUGCAACAUCACUAGCCCAUAAAAAUACGAGCUUACAUAAAUGUU